UUCUGCUUGCACAUUGGAUUGGGUAAUGUGUGCUCAUCGUUAAUAGUUAGUGAGCAGUAAAUGACUUGUGGUUUGCUGACUCAUUUGGCUUGUUUCCACAACGCAGACUCUAUCAGAAUGAUGUUGUAAGAUAUGCAGCAGCAAAAUAUCUACUAUCACCAGUGCGAGUAAGAAGAGAAAUGUAAUUCUGAAGUCAUCAAGAUAAGAGAAAAAGAAAAUGAGAUUUUUAAUCUUUCUGCUAUGUGGUGGAUUUGUGGCCACCAAAGUAUCACAGAGGCCUGGAUUCAAUUCUCGCCCAGAACAUAGGAAGAAGCAUCCUCAGAAUUUCAAUUUGCCUUCACAUUCUAAUGCUGAAGCACAACGGCAACAAGCAGAAUCAAUCCCUGAUCUACAGAGAAUCUACCUGCUAACGGAAAAGAACAGUGAAUUUGGUUUCAACGUCUACAGGAAAAUAGCAAACCUGCAUGAAGAUAAUGUAUUUUUCUCACCUAAUAGCAUCUCUACAACAUUUACCAUGCUCUCUCUUGGUGCCAAAGGAGCAACACGUAACAACAUACUCCAAGGCCUCAACAUAGAGGGCCUUGCCAGUACUGGUAACCAGUACCAACUGCAUGGCUUGUUCCAAUGGCUCCACAGAAACAUCACCAACAACAGGGAUUUGCUCAUCUCUCAGGGAAACUCCCUGUUUAUACAGAACAAUCUUGAACUGAAACAAACAUUCAUCAAAGACCUUUCCCAUUUUUAUAAUGCUGAUAUUACGCCAGUAAACUUUCAAGACACAAUCAGUACCAAAGAUAUUAUUAACCAAUAUAUUCGCAACAGAACAGAUGGAAAAAUCAACAAGUUAUUAGAAUCUGUGGAUGCUAAAGCCAGACUUAUGUUUAUUAAUUACAUCUUAUUCAAAGGGAAGUGGAAGGCUCCAUUUGAUCCAAACUUGACAGUAAAUGGAACGUUCUAUGUAAACGCGUACACUCGAGUUAAAGUUCCAAUGAUGUACAAAGAAGGUCCAUUUUUGUUAACGUAUGACAAGAACCAUUCGUGUACAGUCCUGAAGCUUCCGUACGAGGGAAGCGCAAGCAUGCUGGUAGUGAUGCCAACAGAUGCAGGCUAUCAGCUUCUGGAAGAUGAACUAUCAACUGAACUGAUUGACCAGUGGAUGAACGCCUUGAGAAACAAGCACAUUGACCUCUAUUUUCCGAAGUUUAAAUUGGAAAAGUCAUACAAGAUGGAAAGGAAGUUAAGGCAGUUGGGAAUGAUCACGCCUUUCUCAAAUUCUGCUGACCUAUCUGGAAUCUCCUCAUCACACCCACUGAAGAUUUCUGAGGUUAUCCACAAAGCAGUGAUUAGUGUGGAUGAGAAAGGGACAGAAGCUGCAGCCGUCACUGGGGUUUUUGCGAUUCCUUAUUCACUGCCACUUGUCAUAAAAAUAGACCACCCUUUUAUCUUUAUGAUUCACGAAGAUAUAACAAAAACUCUACUCUUUAUAGGAAGGGUGAAAGAUCCCACUAAACUGUAAGGGAUCUUUUGAUAUAAAAAAUAAUCAUUUGCAUUUUAAUUUGUUUUGAUGCUCAAAUAAUACCUUAAUUACCAUUGUCACAAGUUUUACAUUCGUCAAUUAUUUAUUUGACAUUGACAAGUAAUCAUAUGCAUCUUAACUGAGCAGAAGUAUACUUUAAAAAACCCUGGAAUUACAAGUGAUCCUGUAAUUUAUUUUUUGUGUUUACUCAAAGAACACGGUAACGUCGUGGUUAAUGCAACACCUUGGGGCAUCAGAGUUCACAGUUCAAUUCUAACACUGUCUGUAAGGAGUUUCUACAUUCCUUCGCAUGGAGUGUGUGGGUUUCCUCUGGGUGCUCCAAUUUCCUCCCAAAAUCCAAAGAUGCACCAGUUAGUAAGUGAAUUGGUCAUUGUCAAUUGUCCUGUGAUUAGGUAAGGAUUAAAUCAAGGGUUCCUGGGCGAUGCAGCUCAUUGAGCUGGGCCUAGUCCAUACAGUAUCUCUACAUAAAUAAAAUAAACUAUCAUCGCAAAUCAGAUUGAAAAGCAUUAUUAAAAUGUCCACCUGCAAUGCUGUACAAAUCUAUACACUGUAUUUCUUCUAUGUAAUGUAAAGUAACAUUUUUGAAAAUAGUUUCAUUAGUUGGUGGAACAAUAUAUACAAAGACCAGAAGAUUGCAAAGAAAGUCUGCAAAGGCCUCCAAAAGGCAUCAGUUGUAUGGGAUACACACCAUGAAGAAUUCCCAAGGACUUCAGUAGACAAGUAAAUAGGAAAACAAGUGAGAUGAGUUUGCACUGCACCUAUUCCUGGCACAAAUUUAACAAACAAAAUGACAGAUCAGUUGUUAAAAAUGAAGGAAGCAAAACCCUAUCUCUCUCUCUCUCUCUCACGCGGGCGCACACACACACAAACACACACACACACACACACACACACACACACACACACACACACACACACACACACAUCCAUCUACAAGCUGAUCUUUGGCAUGGUUGGUUUCAAUGCUACUUUCCUGAUCCCAUAAAUUUUAUGGUUCACACUAAUCUAACAGUAUUAAUACCACUCCCAGUUCUGCUGUUUCUGCUUCCGUCUCCAAUUGUGACUAAUUGUGAUCCAGGGAAACCUCCAAAUUUAUCAUCUUCCGAUUUAUCCUUCUCCAGAUCCACAACUCCACUGCAGAAAGUUUGCUGCACAAAUUAUAUUUAGGACACCCCUUCUUUGAACAUUUCGAAAACAUAUAAGUUUGGACACAUACAUGGAUGGUGGAGCUAUGGAUGGCUAUGGUCCAGGUGCAGGUCAAUGGGUCUAGGCAGCUUAAAUGGUUUGGCAUGGACUAGAUGGGCCAAAUGGCCUGUUUCUGUGCUGUACUUUUCUAUGACUCUAAUAUGAACUCAUCUUUCACGUUAAUUGUGUAUGGGUUCAUGGGAAGCACCAUACCUUUGCCAUGAUAGCUACUGUAUGUCUGUACUUAGCAUUGGGCAUUGUAAAGUGUGUGAAAUCAGAGUUUUACUAUGAACACAUACACAAGAGUGCAGAUAUUAUAAUAUGGAACAAAACCAACCUGCUGGAGGAACACAGUAGAUCAAGCAGCAUCUGUAAAGCUAAAGUGAUGGUUGAUAUUUUGAGCCAAGACUCUGCUUCAGAGCAAGAUGUACCUACCAGGAUGUUCCCUGGAUUAGAGGGCAUGCCUAUAGCAAGAGACUGGAUGAGCUUGAGGUGUUUUCUCUGGAGCAGCACAGGCUGAGGGGAGAACUGAUAGAAGUUUAUAAGAUUGUGAGAGGCACAGACAGAGUAGACAGACAGCAUCUUUUUCUUCCCAGGCUUCAAAUGUCUAAUAGCAGAGGGCAUGCAUUUAAGGUGAGAGAGGGUCACUUCAAAGGAGAUGUGAUGGGCAAUUUUUCUUUACAGAGAGUGGUGGGUGCCUGGAAUACACUACCUGGGCUGGUGGUAGAGGCAGAUACAUUAGGGAAUUUUCAGAAACAUUUAGAUAGACACAUGAAUGUGAAAAAAAUGGAAGGAAAUGGACAUUGUGUAGGCAGAGAGGAUUGGUUCAAUUGGCCAUUUGAUUACUAAUUUAUCUGGUUCAGCACAACAUUGUGUGCCGAAGCCCUUGUUCUUGUGCUCUACUGUUCUAUAUUGUAUGCCUAACCUAUUGCCUCCACAGAUGCAGACUGACUCAUUGAGUUCCUCUGUUUGUGUAUCAUGAGUACAUGAUCAGAUACCCUACCACUGACAAGCUAAUUGUUUUUUCAACUUUCCUUGUCAAAGUGACAGAUUAAUCCUGUCUCACAACGUCACCAUGAUUUUCUAAGUUAUUGAUAUACAUCUCCAGAAGAAUGAAGGAAGUUUGUCUCCUUUUCAUUCUAAUAAAAGUAUAGAAAUUUAUUGUGUAUCCAGCAUGUUAGAUGGAACAUUCAAUGCAAAUAAUCCAGAUUUAACAAUCUCCUUAAUACUUACUACUAACUUUACCUACCUUUUAAGUACAGAUUCAAUUUUUUUGAGAAUUUGGAAGGAUUACUAUGGAGAAGAGAGCCUAGAUUCAAGGUUCCAAGUAAAUUUAUUAUCAUAGUACAUUUUGUCGCCAUAUACAAAACAACCCUGAGAUUAAUAAUAACAAUAUUAUAAUAAUUACAGACAGGACAAUCCAUAAUACCCAUCUGGAUAUAAUAAUACAUGAUAAACAAGCAAGAAAAAUUUAUUGAAUAGAUAUAGCCAUUCCAAACAUACAUAACAUAUAGAAAUCAGUAAGUGAAAACAUCAGAAAUAUGCUGAAUUAAAAGGGAAAAUUGAAAGACUAUGGAACGUGAACAGGAUGUACAUUGUCUUGAUAGUAAUUUCUACAACUGAUAUCAACCCAAAGACACUACUCAAUAGCAAUAAACAAUUAGGACUACACAGCAAUAUUUAUGUAAAUCUUCAAAAAAGCCCCAAUAUUAAACACUACUAGAAUAGUCUGAAAGUUCCUAGCAAUUGUGAAAUGAGUGUACUUGGCUAUUGCCAUACCUCAGGUUUUACCAACUUGAGCUGAAAAAAAUAUAUUUAAAACAAAUAAUAAGAAAGCAAUAUUGAGAGCAUGAAACAAAGAGUCUUUAAAAGUGACUCCAUAGUCUCUAGUGGGUUCAGUUUGAGGUAGAAGAGUUCAGUGAUGGGGCAAGCGAAGUUUAUCUCCUUUGGUUCAAGCCUGAUGUAUAAGGGGUGAUAACUGUUUCUGAACCUGGUGGUGAGUCCUGAUGCUCUUGUACCUCCAUUGUGAUGGUGUUAGUUAGAAAAAAGCAUGGAUUCUUGGAUUGAACUGAAAUAGCUUGUUUCUGUGUUCUAACUUUUAUGAAAUUCUAGUAAAGAGUGCAUGAAUAUAAAUGAAUAGUUGCCAAUCAGAAUUACAUACAAUGGCUCUGAAUAGGAAUGGCUUCAUUUUAGGUUGUAAUGGGAUUAGUUUAUUUGAGCCCAAUUAACAAAGUCCCAAACAUUUUUACAAGAUCAGAAACAGUUAAACAAUUUUUUUAAUACUUGAAAUAAAAUCAUCUUUUCUCAAAUGUAAUUUUUAUGCUCUGAAGUUGUGUUCAUCACAUUGAUGCUGGAUGUUUUUUUAGUUAUGACCCAUUUCCCUAAAGCUGAAAAUUUUACAUAUUAUGGGUGUGGGAGUCAGGGUGAAGAAAGAUAAGGGAUGCAAAGGCUACAUAUGGCUAUGAUUUUAGAGGUAAGGAAUGUUGAGGUUACGUCUGGAUCACCUAUGAUUUUAGAGAUACAGGAAGCUGAGUCUACGUUUGGAUCAGUUUGAAGAUUUUUUAGAUAUACAGGAAGAUGAGCCUAAAUUUAGAUCAGGCAUGGUCUUAUCGAUUCUGUGGAGCAGGCUUCUUGAGGAGCUUAUUGGAUUCCUGCCACUCCUGUUUUUCUGGCCAGUACAACUAUUCAUCCAGUGGAGGAGGUUAUACACUUCCAAAUGACUGCCCAGAACCUGGAAUGCUUACCCUUUGCAUUUCUGAAUAGUGAAGAUUAGGGAAUUUCUUCACUAUUAAAGUGCUUAUGGAUCAAUAUAUAGCUAUUGUCUGUAUCAAGUUGCUCUGCAAGAUGUGGUAGAUUUGUCUAAAGAAUGAGAAUCAAUAAAUGAUUUUGAAGAAAAUUUCCUUAUGUAAGGUAUAAAUUUAUUCUAAGGUAUUUGAUUUUAGUGUUGGAGUAAGAUUGUAAAUAAGUGCAAUGCACACAAAUUGCUGGAGGAACUGAGCAGGCCAGGCAACAUCUAGGGAAAGGGUAGAGUUGAGGUCACGGCCCAAAAUGCCAACUCUACUCUUUUCCUAGAUGCUGCCUGGCCUGCUGAGUUCCGCCAGAAUUUUGUGUGUGUUGCUCAGAUUUCCAGCAUCUGCAAAUUUUCUCUUGUUUGUGAUUUGACAACUAAUAAAGUUACUAUUGGCA